AUGGUCGGAGCUACUCAGGAGGAGAAGGAGAUCGAGGAACUCUGCUGUGAGCAACAGGUCGAGAACGAGGAGAAGAAGGAGGUGCUGUCUCAUGAGGAUGAUGAGGAAUCUGAUGAUGAUGGUGAUGGAGGCGAAUCGAGCUCCAUGAUCUCCAAGCGCCAGAUCAGGAAGCUCUGUGAGGAAUUGCAAGCGACCUUGUCUUUGUUGAGGAUAGACAUUGAGCCAGCAGCCCCGCUAAGGGAAGACGACACCGGCGAGUGGCCGUUGCCGACAAUCCACUCCAUAUUAGAGCAGUUCAAGGACCUGCGCCGCCGCACCUCCAGGCUGAGGGGGAAGCUGCUGCCUUUCAUGGAAAGGUACGAGGAGGAGCAGGCUAAGCGGCACACGUACGAGGGUCUCGACGAGGAAGAGAAGGCGAGGAGGAUGAUGGAGCAGGAAGAGGAGUUCUUCGACAGCUACCGCCAAGGCACCGAGUUCUCAUCCCGCCGCGUCACAUUCGAGCAGCAGACUACAUUGAGCCCCAUGUACUUCACGCAUUGGACGCCCGGACUGCCCCUACCCUACAAUGCUGAGACGGAAGGGGUCAGCGUGCAGGUCUACUCUUUCAAGAUCACCGAGAUCAUGUGCGAUCUGCGGUGGCCGCUCCAAGUGUAUGGCGUCGUCGCCGCACGAGACAGCUCGGACCGCAAGCGCAACAUCAUCUUUGAUCGGCCGAGGCACAACUGCCAGAAGCUCACCUCAGAUGAUCCCUUUUUGCGCUUGACCGGCCCGUCUCGGGCGAUUAUGGCUCUGAGCCCCGUUGACUUUGAGGUCCAGCUGAAACUUAAGGGCGCGACGCCGUCAACAGACAGAUCACUGAUGAACAUUAGAGAACAUUACAUAGGUAGUACUAGUGCUGACGGUUUAGAUACUCUCACCUUUGAAAACUGCCUUUGCACAGCGGAGCUAAGAGUGGAGCAACUUUCUGGAUCGGUCCAGGCCACUUUGGUGAGUGUCCGCGUCGUCGGUGGAGGUCCAUGGCCUUUUGAACACGGAGGACGGAUUGCUUGCUCCUCACCACCUCAUGAAGUUGUGUGCGUGGAUCCUAAAGGCAUUGCACAAGUUGUUGAUGAUUCUUCAUGCUUCCAAGUUGUGCUGCUCGAUUCUCAUGACUCUGUGUGUGGAAAAAUGCCAGUUGGCAAAUAUGGUUACCUCGAUCUGUCAAGACGGCUUGUUUCUGUCGAACUACGGAAAGAGAACUCCAGGCAAUUCAAAGAUAGCCUGAAAGUUUUCUUUCAAGCCUACUCAGAGUCUGGUGGUAUUGCUGCACAAGCUCAUGUCAAGAUCAGGCCCAAGACUUGCAACAUAAGUCAGCACACUUGUGAUCUUGGUGGAUCUAAGCUGGAGAUUACUGUUGCUUGGUCAGCCAUUGUUAGGACCGACCUAUGUUAG